AUGGGUAAGCAAGCAAUGGGCACACCUGGGACAGCCUUGCGCUAUAGGAGUGACAAUAAGAUAUACCGGCUACAGACUGGACAGACACCGAUUGUGAGAUCUCCAUUGUAUAGUGAAUACGGCCUUGAUAAUUUCCCUAAUGGGAUGAAUGCUGUUGUUGCAGUCAUUUCCUAUACUGGGUACGAUAUGGACGACGCUAUGAUUCUAAACAAGUCGGCCCAUGAAAGAGGCUUCGAAACAAAAUUUAUUUUUGGAAAGGCCUACCAGAGGAUCGGUAUCCGCCAGGAUUGGCUGAGAAUAGUGGAUAUGGACGGUCUCCCGACAAUCGGCCAACUAGUCAGAGACGGCGACGCAGUAUUCAUCUACAGGGGUAGCGAAGAUGCAUACAUCGACGAAGUCCGCCUUCUAGGCUCUGAAGGCGGCGACAGUAAACCGAUGCAAGAAAUAUCCAUCAAAUACCGAAUCCCUCGGCCUCCCAACAUUGGCGAUAAGUUCUCCUCUCGACACGGACAGAAGGGGGUCUGCUCGCAAAAAUGGCCGUCGAUCGACAUGCCCUUCACAGAGUCAGGUAUGCAGCCGGACAUUAUCAUCAACCCGCACGCUUUCCCGUCACGCAUGACAAUAGGCAUGUUUGUCGAGUCGCUAGCUGGGAAAUCCGGGGCCUUGCAUGGGAUCGCGCAGGAUUCUACGCCGUUCAGGUUCGAUGAGGAGAAUACAGCUGCUGAUUACUUUGGCCAUCAGUUGAAGGUUGCCGGGUAUAACUACCACGGGAACGAACCGAUGUACUCCGGAAUUACGGGGGAGGAGUUGCACGCUGAUAUCUACAUUGGCGUCGUAUACUACCAGCGCCUGCGCCACAUGGUCAACGACAAGUACCAAGUUCGAACAACCGGUAAGAUCUCUGAGCUCACACAUCAGCCUAUAAAAGGUAGGAAGAAGGGAGGAGGUAUCCGUGUUGGUGAAAUGGAACGCGAUUCGUUAUUAGCCCAUGGAGGCGCCUUCUUGCUCCAGGAUCGGUUGUUCAAUUGUUCAGAUUAUACACAGACUUGGGUUUGCCGGGCUUGUGGUAGUUUCCUGUCCACGAUGCCAAGCGUGCGUGGGAGCAGUUUUGGGAGCAUGGUUCGAUGUAGGCGGUGUGCUGAUGGAUUGGGUGGGAGAUUUGUGGGUGGGAAAGAUACGACUGUUGUAGCGGUGCCCUAUGUUCUGAAAUAUUUGGACGUGGAGCUGUCAGCAAUGGGUAUUGCAAUGAAAUUCAAUAUUAGCCCUUAA